CUCUCGUGUUUACAUUUUUCUCGUCGAAAUUCUAUCCUGUCCUCUGCUCGCGCGGCCAAACAAACAAGUCUCUCCCGAAAUUCCGUCGUCGUCGUCGGGACAGUAUGGCACGCUUCUGCGAUUUUGCAUGACGUGGCACGAACGGAGAUCCAGGCCGUCUGGCGUAGAAGCUAUUCGCGGAAGCUGGGAGCCUAACGCGUCGCCUGUCACGUCGCCUGGCACACAACAGCAGCGAGAGGGUUCGUCCGUUUAACUGUGUUAAGUGCCCUGUACCUACCGGGAGCGUAUCAUGCGAAGAGAGAAGAGGCGAGAGAGAGACAGAGAAAGAAAGAGAGCCCGCGACCUAAGCCCGUAUACUCUCUGAUGCAGGACACUACAUGACGACGGAUAAAGUCAGUGAUGCGUCAGUAGUGCUCGUCGCGGGCGCUGAGAGUCUCCUGUGUUUCACCAGCUCGCAUUUUACGGGAUUUGCCGAAAUUUAGUCUACAUUGUGUCCGGCCGCCGAAUCACGUGUCUCGGAAAUUCUUGCAUAGAUGACGUCAAAGGAAUCACGAUUUUUCUAGAUAUACGAACUCUUGGAAAUUAUUCGUGCACGAGGCACGCUUCAGGCUGCUCUCCUUUUCUUUCAUGAAGAGUUCUCUGGUUCAAGUGGGGGUGAUCGAAAUUCGUGGAACUGUCAGAAGUUACGUGUUCGGGAAUUUUCGUCACGCCACGUCACGUCACGUCAUCCAAGGGAAGACAAGGAUCUUGGAAUUCUCGGGAUACUCGAAUCUCUCUUCGAUUGAAAGAUUCUCGAGUGGAUGAUACAUUCUCGUAUAUCUACGAGAUCUCCAUUUUCUGGGAUUGCAUAAAUUUUAAAAAGGACGGAAGAAGAGAGACAAAAAAUCGGAAAUAGCUAAAGUGUAAUUUGAGAAACUUGAGCGGUGAAAUUCCUCAAGAUUCUUGAAAUUGUGAUUUUAUUCUCGACAUUAUACGAGAGUGCGCUGAAAAUUGUUCGGAGAUUCAAACACGACCCGUGGAAUAUUCCGAAAUACGCACGUUCGUGUAUGACAUCGCAAAAAAUUGUUUCCCGCGUGAUCGCUCGCGCGUUCCUCAAUUUUAAAGGCGAAUUAAAUUCUUUCCGUGCUACGUGAUCAGCUUGUACGCGCGCUCGCGCGCGCUCGCUCGCUUCGUGAGCGUGAGAAAAUCGGCGUGACCGACCGCUGACUAGCACGGAUACGGACAUUAUUAACCCAUCAGAGAGAGUCCGGGACUCGUGCACGGUCCCCGAUACGAAGGUUCUUCCCUAUGCGAGCGCAACUCGACAAAUCUGAAUCGUCGAAAUAGUCUCUCUGAUCCGAGUCUCGUUUUGUAUAAGCGAGCAGCCAGCUUCCGGUUUGCAGUUUUAUUCCAUUUGGAGACUAUGAACAAGCUUCGCCAAUAAUAAAAAUUCCAGCGGAUGAAAAAAUAGCGACGAACAAAAAGCGACAUGGAGAACGACAAGUGUCGACACCCUAUAAACGGGUAUCGUUCGACCGCGCAAUUUCACCCCAUGUUGGACAACAAUUCGAGAAACAUCCUCGCGAGUGAAAAAUUGAAGAGUGCCGGGAAUUUGCGCGUCACGUGACUCAUCUUUUUUAACGGAAACGAUGAGAUCUGCCGAUUGGUCGAGAUCUCCGUGAAGCCGACCAAGUGCGGAAAAACUGUGUUAUUCUGACGAUUAUGUGAACAAACCCCAAGUUCACGUCGCUGUACAAGUGUAUUGCGAGAGCGAGAACGACGGUGGACCGGACGAGGGAGAAAAAGUGAAUAAUAUCGAGGAAAAGUGAAAGAACACGCGUGCGUGCGCGAGGAAGCACGUGGCAGCCCGAAUCGGGAUCUGGUUCGAACCUCGUUUCGUACAGGGAUCUUUCUCUCCCGGCGAGUUUGUACGUACGCAUUUGUGCGAUCCUGUUAGGACGCUUUCUUGCCACAACCCGAGCCUCUCACCGUUCUCGUCCGCCGAUACAUGUGCGGCUAUGAUCUCAAACAAGAUGAUGCAUCGACAGCAAAACGCCCAAUCGUCGUCGUCCAACAACGAGUUCGCGAUGUAUCCGUCGGCCGCGUAUCAUUCCUCGUGUUCGACGCUAGUUUCGUCGACGUCGACGCCGUCAUCGUCGUCAAGAUCGUCGUCCACGACCUGCCCGUUCCUGCUGUCCGUUCUCACAUGGUCAUUGACAUUCCUGCUGAUCUCGUCUUGCAUCGGCCUAGGUGCGGACGCCGCUACUCUUAACGGCCAUCCCUUGGGCAAAAGGUCGUUCUUCGACAUUCAGUGCAAGGGCGUAUACGACAAGAGUAUCUUCGCUCGUCUGGACCGUAUCUGCGAAGACUGCUACAACCUGUUCCGGGAACCGCAAUUGCACAUGCUCUGCAAGCAAGACUGCUUCAGCACACAAUACUUCACGAGCUGCAUCCAAGCGCUGCUGCUUGAGGAUGAGAUGGAAAAGUUGCUAGAGAUGGUCGAGUACCUAGGUCGCAAGUAAACGGGACAUAGUCGGAGCAACGACGCGCUGCACCACGAAGGAGAAACACACACAAACACACACAUAUAAACACACGAACACUUACGUAAGACCGAGAAGAUCGACGGAAAACGCGGUGUUCCUGUCUCGAAGGAGGGAAAUGAGAGGACCCUGAGCCCGGAAUUUUGCAAGAUUUAAUAUCACUUCACCUGUCCACCAGAGAAGAACGUUCGAGGAAGUCCAGAUUGUAUUGCGUUGGAGAACGAACUUGGAAUUUCGAAGAGUUCAUUGAAAGAUUCCGAAGGAGUUCCUUGUGAAGAUCAAUCGAUGUCUAAACGACAUGGAAAACGACGCGGUAAUAUUUAUGACAUUCAUGAGGAUAGAAGAUUUGCGAAAGAUUCUGAUCGCAUCUGGAACGUGCGAUUCGUCGAUUUAAUAUGUGAUUUUAGUGUGAGUAGAAAGCUGAAUAGCAUUGUCGUACUGUUAAGAUCGGCGAGUACUUCGAUAAGAGUAUAAAAUGAGAGAAUUCGUGGGAGGGAAGAAAAAUUUGGCGAUCCUUCGCGAUGAGUCGCGUCGUUGCUAGACACGAUGAAGAACGAAGUUAAACAAUACAUAUUAAAUAACGAGACGCGAGACGGUACGAUUGAGUCAUACAACAAACAAGCAAAUACACAUAUACACAUAUAACACAGAGCAAAUCCGUACGAAUUCUAGUCGACAAAAUAUCUGCGCUCUCGCGCACCAACGCACUCGUUUUAAUUCGAUUAAUCAUUAAUUAUUAAUCGUCGUCAUUCAUCACUACGUAGUAAUAACGGUAGUAUUCUAUAUUAUUAUUAAUAUUAUUAUUAUUAAUAUUCGAUUAUUAUUAUGUCACAAUUAUAUUUUUAUCGUCAUCUUUCAUCCGUUCGUUGUUUAGUUAGAUUGAACCUUUAGUCGUUUAUAUAGAGAACGUGCGUGCGAUAGACGAAGAGGAUAUCGAUAUCUCGCUAAAAUUUUAAUGUUUUUGUAUAAAAAAAAUUGCGUAAUGCGCAGGUACAUUGAUAAGAUUACUGUAAACGUAUAAAAAAAUAAAAAUUAGCAAGAAAUAAUCGCGAAAUUUUGAUCAGAAUGAAAUGCAAAAUCAAAUUCUUUUCUAAAUAUUUUUCUCGAAACAAAUAUUAAUGAAGAAUAGAGAUCGAAGAUCCGCCGGUCGUUCAAACCGACCCCAUUAUUAUUAUUAUUAUUAUAUUAUUAUUAUUAAUAUUAUUAUGUCAUAUAGUAGAAUUAUUGUUGUUAUUAUUGCAAUUUAUAUCGCGAUGUCUCCGCCCGGGUGAACGCACUGGCAGCACAAUGGAAGAGACACUGGCAAUAAUAUUCAACAAUAUUCAAUUACGUGAGUCGAAUAUGGAUGCAUAUUGCACGCGUGCACAUUCUCAAAAGUUUCGUUCAAGAGAGAGAUAGAAAGAGAGAUAAAGAGGUCUUCCUGUAAUUUGUUUGCCGAACACGUGCGAUGUCGCGAAUGUUUUUACAGUGGUCUCUUCCUUCGUGACGAUUCGGCGACUCGUGGACGGAGCCGAUCGCGCAUAAAACGCGUAGUAUUUAUUUAUUUUUUCACGUUCUUAAGUUAUAUAAGCGACCCAUAAAACGAAGCAAAAGUAUUAGCGCACGUAUCUAACCGAGAGAACAGCGGGCGCGGCCUCAAAGCCACGUCCAAUUGGAUGAUUGCCCGAGUGUACGAUGUGCGAAACAACCCCGGGGGAAAGUCGAUCCGAUCAGAGACUACUUAUCUUUCACUAAGACAAGACGAGUACAGAAGAAUAAUUUAUAUUUUAUAUAUAUAUAUAUAUAUAUAUAUAUAUAUAUAUAUGGAGAAUCAGUCCUUCAGAAAAAUAUCACGUUUCGAGAAUAUUGGCUAAUUGUUAAUAGAAUUACUAAACUUCGGAGGAGUAAUUUUCAAAUAUUAUGAAAAAUUCGACGUCGGAAAAAAAGUAGGUAAAAUAGUAAUUUUAUCAUUUAUAAUUUAACUGUAGACAAAUCUAGUAAGAAUAGAUUUUUUAAAUUUUAUUUUCGGGAGAGAGGAAGAAAGAGAAUAUA